CAAUCAGACCUGUAGCAAUGGAGAUACUUCAACAGCCGCACAGAACUUGGAGGCUCUUCGACAGGUUGUUGAGCGUUUCCCCGAGUACAAGGGUAGAGAUCUGAUCAUCACCGGCGAAUCCUAUGCUGGCGUAUACAUUCCCACCUUUGCCUUGAAUAUUGUCAAAGACAAGACUUUGGAUCUCAACUUGAUAUCGCUCCUGGUAGGGAAUCCAUGCACCGAUGAUGCCACACAGAACAACUACUUUGGCUGGAACCUUCGUUACGCUUUCGAAAAUGGUCUUUUGGACGAGAAUCUAUACCACACACUCACCGUAAAGUGUGGCAUGCUACCAAACGAUUCGCGCUCUAAGAUCGUCUCCAAGCAGCCCGAGUGUGUCUCUGCCUACCGUCAGUUCCUUCUUGCCAGCUCAGACAAUACUGGUACCGAGGCCAAGCUGCCUGGAACUGGAUUUGUCGAUGGGUACGCCACUUUCGGUGCCAAGAACCAGCCAUACUGGGACGAGGCCGCUCGCUGGUUGAACAGAGACGACGUGCAGGAAGCUUUGCACGUGAAGAGCAUGGCUAUUCAAUGGGGUCUCUUCGCCACACGCCUCAACUACACUAAGGAGUACAACGCCUGUAACAACGGUCCAUCUGACAGCCACAGAUACAGCAUUUCCAUGGUGGAGGUAUACCAGCAGCUGGUUGGCAAAAUCAGAAACAUCGUCCUUUUCAAUGGAGACUCAGAUCCUAGUGUGCAAAUGCACGGAACCGCCAACGCCGUCCGUUCGUUCGGCUUCCCCGAGGUGAAGGAUUGUGGCUGGCGCCCGUGGUUCUACAAAACUACUGCCACUGCCGAGUCGGUGAUGAAGCAAAAGUCUCCCUAUUGGGGCAUUGAUUUGUCUCGCACUGAGAAUGGCGUGCAGAUGGGUGGGUACGUAACCAACUAUGAGAAGGGCCUGUCCUUCGUCACUUUCCACGGAGCCGUGGGUCACAUGGUACCUCAAUACAAGACGGUUGCUGCACUUCACUUCCUGCACAAGACCAUGGACAACGCCAUCCUAUCUCCACCGCUACCGUCUGAGGAUGAGAUGGCGGUGUCUGACAACGACUUUUUCGGAGACGGUGUGAUGGCUAAGUGGGUAGCCAAGGCCCAGACCGACGAGUUUUUAAAGUAAUCGCACUUUUAGUUCGACGAUGGCUGAAGGGAUCUCUGAUGUUUGCUUAUGGUGUGUUGAAAAGGUACGCCAGCUGAAGGCAGAUAGGCGAGACGAUACAUUUCACGUAUGCUGCUGCAGACACGAUUUGAAGUGGACUACUGUGGGGACUGGACGAAAAUAUUCAUAUCAGGGGUGCCUGCUGUGCACGGGUUGUUUAUGUUACAUCGUAUGUUUCGAUUUUAUAGUCUUUUGAGGACGAGUAGGCGAGGUAAAAGCUGGUGUCUCUCAUGCGACGUACAUUGAAGGCUGCGACUGAAAUGUGAGAAUGAUAAUUGAAAAGACUAGCUUAAGCAUUUGCAGACUGUCAACGGUGAUUGACUGUGAGCUAGCCUAAAUGGAAUAAAUAUAUAUAAUCCGUAUACCUCACCGUUUUAAAUACGC